AUGAUAACGCUGAGUUAUCUGAUAAGAGGAUCGACCAAUCAGAUUGCUCCAACGUGGAGGCUCGUCUUUGACGUAGUUGGCCACGCCCAGGACUGGUUCUCGGGUGUCAACGCGGAUCUCGAGCAACGUGACAUCGCUCAGGAGUACGGAGUGAAGGGAAGGAAUGCGACAACCUGUUGCUCGGAGUUGGUACGAGUCCCGUCUGAUCGCCUACGUCACCGGGGAGGUGUGGCGGCGAGCCCCCAGUGA